UUCAGUGCGCUACUUUGACGUACGUUUAUUUUUUAAUAUAAACAUUCCAACCUAUAUGCUUUUCUUGUUUAAUUUGCAGUGGCAUAAACACGCUGACAUAAAUACAGUAAAUAACGCUGAACUAUUGCUGUAGAAGUAAAAAGUCAAGCUCUUUGCGGAGUGUCCGUGACGUCACCGUGAGAGAAGUGAAAGUGAAUGUGAGCGGCUCUGCUUUCAUUCAGCUGCGGAACACGGACUGGAGGUUCUGCUGGACACGGGACACACGCUCUCCUCGUGGGGGGUUGUGUCUGGUGAUAUGGUCGCUGUCAUUUUGUCCCAGCAAACGCAGACUGUUGGGAGAACUGUGUGAAGAGUUUUGAAAAAGUGACCUACCUUAGUAUUGAGAAAUGUGUCCUAGCGUCUGAAAAACACUGUAAUAUAAUAUCCUGAUAUCAACAAUAAUACUUAUUUUUAUUAAAUAUUAUUUGUACGCGUUUGUAAUAGAAGUCACCUGUCACAAAAGCGCGCGGCAGUAUGGCGUUAACUGCAGAUUUACACUUAAAUCAACACAAAUGUUCCUAUAUUUUUCAGUCUAAUCUUAAUUCUAAGAGCCGCUUAUUAUUCAGUCAUGCGUGCGUGCGUGCGCGUGCUCGUCAUCACGAUCGAGGAGCCGCGCGCAUCGGAUUUAAACGCGUUUGCUCUCGGUACAGAGUCAGAACUCGGUUUAUUCGCUCGGCUGCUUCACGAUGUUUGAGUGAGUUGAACUUUUGUCUCUCUAAAUGUCUGACUUUUUCAAAACUUUUCAGAGCUAUAGGAUUAAUCUCACGAAAACUAUCACCUCGUUAUUUCACAAAAAAGUGUUGUUUUUAGUCAUCAUUUAAUUAGUAUUGUUUUCACGAGAAGGACAACUCUUAAGUGUAAUAUCUAGUGUACUGUAUUUAACUGAUCAGUUUAAAUACUUAAUGAUUAAAAUAAAAUUAAAAAAUCCUUAUAUCGAUUUAUUUUGGUGUUAUUAUGAAGUGAUUUAAAAGUAUAUUGUUCCUGUGUUUCUUAUACUGCAAAAAAAAAAAAAAAAUUUUUAGAAAUUGAUAAGUAUAUUUCACAAUUACAAUUAAACAUUUAAGAACGCAUUACGUGUGAAACUGAUGAAAUAUUACUCCAGAAAUCUUUUAUUUACUUUAAUAAAUAAGUGCGCCAAUCAAUAGCUUAGUGUUUUAUUUGUAAAUAUAUCCAUUAUUAUGUUAAAUAAUGACUUUUAUAUGUGUUUUGGGUGGAUCAGAAGUGCCUCGGGAGGCUUGAGACACAAACAGGAUGAUGAUCUGCAGUUCCUCAGUCUGGAGGAGCGGGACUGUAUCUUGUUCUUUGAGGAGAUCAUCUGCUCCCUGGAGGAGGACGAUGAGAGGAAGGAUCCGCACUCGUACACUACAGCUCCACAUCAUGACAUCAUUGACCUGGUGCACGCUACACCCGAUCACAGCAAACCGAGGGACACGCUGCCCGUCAUACCAGAUUUCCAAGAGCUGAUUAUACGCCCGGAGAUGCAUUGCGAAGCGAAGGCGAAACGUGACGUGGUUGUCUCACAAGAGCACUUCAGACACCUGCCCAGUCUAGAGUCGACCAGACACGGCCCUCCGACCCACGCCAAGCCCUCGCGUCUUCCAGACAGGAUCAGUGUUUUAUUAGGCAGCAAACCCCGCACGCGAAGCAUUUCGUUUCGAGAUCCGACGCCAGAGAAGUCUAGGAUGGAGGCGCUUUCGAAGCUCGGACUCGCUCAGAGGCGAACGCAAUCCGUCAUGCAUUGGAAAAGCGCUGGCGAUACGCUCAACAUCACAAAUCCAGCUGACCACGCAGUCACACACACUGAUUUCAACAGCUUCGGCGGUAAGAGCAUCACAUUUAACCACGCUCCGUCAGAUUUCCAUCACAACAACUUCAGCAGCAGAUCCCGAGUCGUGAACCACGAAGCCUCGAUAGAAGAGGACGCUUCCAGCUCAGACAGGACUUCAGAUGAAGGCUUGCUCCAGAGGACAGCGUCACGCUCUGAAGCGCUCGUGAAGCCGAAGCCGUCCUUCCGCGCUCAGGGAGUCACGGUGCAGUUUUCAGGGCGAGGAGCCUCAGGUGAAGCCAGACGUGAUGCUCUUCACAAGCUAGGACUGAUGUGUUCCCACGCUCCUAACUGAGACUCCACUACUAACACAACUUCUGUUUAUGCAUUCUCUGUCAUGUUGUACAUGUGGUGUAUGUAAUGUGGAUUCCAGUGUGAAUGAGCACGAGUGUUAGUGUAUGAAGCAGUUACUGAAGGACUCAGAAUGCAUGAUUGUGAACAUGUGACACCACUAUAUAAACACACACACACACACACACACACACACACACACAG